UGUAUAUAUGUAUAUAAUAUAUAUAACGUAUAUAUUAAUUUUUUUAUCAACUAACCCUAAUAUAUAUAUUUUCACUUCAAAAAUACUUCUUUUUUUAUAACACGCGCGUCUAGAUCCCAAAUUUUGGGAGAAAUAUAGAAUAAUAAAAGACAAUUUAACCAAAAAAGAAAAAAAAAAUUUCUCAUACUUUCUUUUUUAUUAUAAUAGCAUACAAUCAAUAAGACUUUUUAUUGUCAAAUACAAUGAGCGAUAAAGAUCGCUCUGGAAAUUCAAAAGGCUCACAAGCCAACGAAAAGUCUAGUAAAAAAUCAAAGAAUUCUGCAGAAGGUAGCAGUAAUGGAAAUAAUAGAAAUGAGAUACCAUUUCAAGGUUUAUCACCAGAAACUCAAAAACUUAUAGAAUCAAUAAAAAAUAAUAAUAGUAGUCCUAAAAGAAAGGAUGUCCCUAAUUCUAUGGUGGAAGAAAUUUUAAGGGAGGCUAAAUUGAAAGCUGCUAGUCGUGGGAUUGAUAUUAAUCAUGGAACAAAAUCUUCACGCGAUGAAAACCGUAAAAACAGCAAGCAUAUCAAACCAAUACCUUCAGUAGUUGCUUCUUCAAGUAAUUUUGCUGGUCAUAAUGAUGAUAUUUUAUCCGAAUUAGAUCAUGAUGAUAUAAUAUUAAAACAUGGUGCCAAGGAUUCAGGUUCUUUCAUGUCAGAUGAAUUUGAUGAUAAAAUAAAAUCUAAAAAAAUCAGUGAGGAGCAACAACAACAACAAAAAACGGAUAUUACAAAAAAUAAUGGUGUAUCUCAACCAAAUCGUUCACAAUCACGUUCAUAUUUACCAACUCGUUUGGCAAGUUUAAUAGGGAUUGGCACCGGUGAUAAUAAUGUAACCGAUGAAUCGAAUUCUAAUGCUGAUAAUAACAAAAUAACAGUAGAUAAUUCUUCAAAACCGAAUAUUGAAGAACCUUUUGAACUUGAAAAUGAUGACAAAAAUGUUAAUGUUAAAUCUUUGGAUUCUUCCAAUAAAAAUAAUAAUUCAAAAGAUGGACCUGGUGUAACAAUUGAUACUAAUGUAGAACGUUCUAAUCGUAAAGAACAACGUUAUAUAGUAAGACCUCGUUUAACCAAAAAAAGAGCCGUAAUACGUCGUGCUAGUGCUAGACUUGUUCAACCCUCGAGUAAUGAUUAUCAACGUUCCUCAAAGUCUCCCCUCAAGACUGUGGAGAUAUCAAAUAAUGAACUGGAUGAAAUCAAUGCUCAAUUUGAGGAAACAUUAAAUCAAUUUUCAAAAAGGUACCAGGAUUCAACAGUUGCACUUGCUGAAAAGUCUCAUUUAUUAAAAAGGAACCAAGAAUUACAUCAUAAUCUUGCUUCCAAAGAGGAAGAAAUUGAAUAUCUUAAAAAUGAAUUAUGGGAGGUCAUGAAGACUUAGUAAGAAUAG